UUUGAAAACAAUAUCAUACGCACGCGUCAACUACAAUAUCUUCAGGCCUUUGCACUUUUCAUCCAGAUUGGAUUAUGGAGUGGGGACAGGCGUAUGAUGGAAAUAUCCGAAGCGGUUGUGGGAAGCAUCAUUCACAUGCUGCGGUGUGGUGGUCGUUAUCGCAGCUCGGCAUAUGACGAUAUUAGCAUAUCUCCUGGCGAUGAUAGUGAAGUGCUUGAAGUUCAAUGGAGCGAUUGGGUGGAAAGGGAGUCAUUCAAGAGAUUAGUAUAUCACAUACAAGUGCAUUGCUCGAAGGCGUCCUUGACAACUGGCAGCCGACCGCCUGUUUCAUACGCUGAAUUAUCACUUCCACUUCCAUCCCAUCGACAACUCUGGAUGGCCAAAUCAUCACUCGAGUGGAAGAAUAUACUCCUCAGCUUGACAAGUAACGGCCCAUCACGAGAUAUUUCCACCCGCGAUUCCAUUAUGAAUCCAUUGGUCCUUUUGUACUUGCCUGAGAUAUAUGACUUCGAUCUGGCUCAAUUCAUACUUCUACAUUGCAUUUCUUCUAUGAUCCGUGACUACCAGCAAAUUCAAGGUCUUUGCGGUUCUGGCGAAUAUGAUACGACACGAAUUCAUAUCAUUUCCAGUGAAAGUCAGCAGCAUCACCUCCAAAGUCUUCUACAAAGCAUGCGAAUAAUCAAUCAAAGCCGGAAAACCCCAGAAGCUUCCCAGCGGUCAUUAUUGAUUGAACUCCUUUUCAUGCAUCUUUUCACUCCAUUCGAUCAGAUCGAAAUUGCUGCGGGUCGUGACGGCCAAGAUGAAGCCAAAUCUGUAUAUCGGAGUGCAAAGAUAUGGAGCCAGCGCCAGCAAGCCCGACUUGCCGUUUCGAGUGCUGGCCAGGCAGUCCGCUACUUGCGUCAAAUACCCCCGGCACAAUUCACCGAGUUUCACUCUAUUAUAGCAUACCAGGUCAGCUUGUGCUUAUGGAUGUAUGGAACAAUUGGCGCCAUUGAUGGCUCAAUACCAGCAGAUGCAACUGCACAAUUUACUCUGGAUACCCACGAAUUGACGAAGAUACAGCAAUGGGUAAAUCUGAAAGAAGGGUACCCUAUGAUUAGCGGAUUUCCGUCCACUAAGGAGGCAAAAAAUGAAAAUAUGGUUGCGUUGUCCUCGACCAGCGAGGUUAUGAUAUGUCUCCGGGAGCUGUUACAAUGUAAGGGUUUGGAGGACAAAACUUUGACCUCCGCAGUUUACGAUCUUAUGACUGCUCUCAGUAUUUCAAAGCCGAAUUUUGUCGUUUGUCAGGAUUGA